CUGAGGUUGCCAUAGCUACGGUGCACACAGCUGGUAGCUGGUGUUCUGCUGGCGGGAGGAAAAAGGCAGCACCAUGAGCCGUACAAUGACCGUCCUGGAUCCCAAGACCAACUCUCAGGAGUUUCCGUUCCGGUGCAGGGAGGUGUGGGGGCACAAGGGCAGCACCGCCAGUCGAACAUAUGAUUUCCUGUACGAUCCGUUAUUUAUAGUGUCGAGUGAGCGAGACCAUGCUCAGGCAAAUAUCCAAGCCACACUGGUUCGAAGCAGAUUGAAAAAAGUUCCCAAUUUUAAGUCCAUGUUCAGUAACUUGUAUCAUCAUCCAAGAUAUUCUAUAUCUUGGUGCAAGACCGAUCCUGUCCCGUCGAGUAUCAAUCGAGAAUGGAGGGGACGAGAAGCCAAAUACAGAGACGCUCUCCAGCUCCGUGCUGCAAUGGAUGCUUCUUUCCAGAUGCCUAAGGAAGAGUACAAAGAUCCAGAAGUUUCUGGAAGGAACCGCUAUAAGUUCUUUGACAGGCCCUUCCUACCGUUUCUUCAGCAGAUGCCAACCAAUGUUGUUUUAUCAACAGUCAAGAUGGAUCCAUUUUUUCUCCCUUCCGACUCCAAGUAUACAGUCAUCCCUUCCAAGACCACCGUGGGCACUCAGACAGAUUACCGGGAUGCAGAUGUUCAAACAGAUCCGUACUCCCCAGAAUACGUCGUGUGUCAAGACACUAUUCCUGAGCUCUUGACCCUGGCUAGUCUGACUUGGGGCCGAGGUCUCCCAGCAGGACUAGCCGAGGUGGAGAUGAUAGAGCGGGCCCGGGAGAAGAGAGCAUGGGAAGCCACUCUGCCCCCACUGAGCGACAGCUUACAGAUUGAGAAGAGGAGGAAGAUGAUGAACGCCAUGGAGCGGAAGGAGUGGGCCUUCCGAGAAGGCGAGAUUGAAAAACUGCAGGAUAUGCGCCUUGAGGUCUUGAAGCAGUUGCUGAAGAGGCGCGAGGACAACCAGAAUGAGCUGGACCUGACUCAUCUGAACGCCCAGUGGUGUAAACUCCAGGGAAAGAAGGAGGCUAGAAUUGCACAGAUCCAGCGGACACACAUAGCAUCUAUGAGGACUCUUGCCAGGAAAAGAGCGAACUUGGAAGGGAAGCUGCAGCGGAGGGACAUCAUCAAGGAUUAUGCCAAUUUUGCGUCCCAGGUCUAUGGACCUUUGUCUCGCCUUGGCCGUUUCCCAGACAAUAACUCAGAGGAGUUUGUAGUCAGAAACCACUAUCUCAACACAUAUGAAGGACUAGUGGAACUGGAAUCGUGCCUCCCGGAUUUCGUGACACAGCCAAGGAUCAAAGCUCCAAAGCCCAAAGUCAUUGUCACCAAGUCCGGCUUCCUGAAGAGGACAGCGAGGAUGGACUACGAGUUGUUGGAGGUUCACAAGGUACUCCUGGAUAAGAAGAGUAAAGUUAUAGAAGAAAAGAAACCUCUGAAGUUCCUGCAAAAGAAUCCCAUUCCCGAGGCUCGGCUUCCCACCCCCACCUUGGAAAUAAGUAGCUUUGAAGAAGGAGAAAUUGAAAGGGCUGUGAUCUACCUGCAGAAGUUACUCCGGGGCAGAGUCGUGCAGAACAUGAUGUUUGAGGGCAAGGAAAAGCGGCUGGAGUUGAUCCUGGAGCUACGCACCAGCCAUGCCCUGCAAGACGAUGACAAGCUGGUGAAGAGGGCGGAGAAGCAAGUGACACUGGCCCUGCAGCGCCAGCGGAACCUGCACGAGGACAAGCUGUCAGUGAUUGAUAACUACCUGGGUGACCUGGAAGGAAGAGUCCUGGCAGACAUGUUUGACUUUCUAUCCAAAGAGCUGGUGAGGUUGCAGGAGGAGAGGAGGAUCCACGCCUUUGCCAUGCUGGCCGAGCGCCAACGGCGCAUGCGGGAGGCAGAAGAGAGCGGCCGCCGCCAGGUGGAGCAGAGGCGCCUUCAACAGGAGGACCAGAUCUUUAAGGAGGUGAUUAAAAUUCACCAAAGCACCGUCACCUCCUACCUGGAAGACAUCAUAUUGAACACCGAGGAGAGCACGGCGGAAGAACAAGCCAGAGAAGAAAUCGAGAUGAUGGCCGAGGAAAUCAAUGACAUCGCUUAUGAAAUGGAAAACCGUCGGACUUAUCUUCAGUCAGAGGAGAUUGUUGCUGAGUUGGUUUAUAGUUUUCUCAUCCCAGAGGUACAAAAAGACUUCGUCAAAGAAAAAGUGAGGAGCGCGCAGCGGAAGCACAUUCUCGCAGCCCACGAGAUCAUUCACAACUACACGGAAGCUGCCAUCGAGAGGACCACCCUCGAGGAACAAAACCAGAGGUUGGCCCUCAAGCGUAUGCAGGAAGAGGAGGCCUCCUCUGACAUGUCGACAGACCAGGCCAACAGCCCGGAAAACGUCUAGGUGAGUCUGCCUCUCCACCCGGAAGGAAGUCCCGGAAGAAGAGAAGCCGCCCCAUACAGGCUUGGCACUACCUCAGCCAAGUAUGACACGAAUGGGCUGUCAUUGACAAAUAAUAAUCAUAAUAAAUAAAAUAGAAAAGAAGAGGAAGAGGAAAGAGAAGCACUUGCAUUGAAACCGGAUGUCUCAUCUAGGUUAGGCUACCUCUUGUUGAGUUGGUCCUGUAGCAAUCGGGCUCUUGCAAUAUAAACAGUAAGACCGUAAGUUUUUUUUUUUUUUUUUUUUUUGGGGGGGGGUUCCUUUUAGCCUGUACGUGUACUCCAUCACAAAUAAAGCUUCAUGGAACGUGUGAA